CGAGAUUGCAGGAGAGUAUAAAAGAUCGGAGGCGUCCAAAAAUUUUAUUCACAUUAGCAAGACUAAUCGAAGCAUCAGCACCAUGAAGUUUUUGAUCCUCUUUAUUGCCCUCUUCGCCAUGGCCGCUGCCCUACCUCAGUUUGGAAUCCCAGAACGCAGCUGGCCAGUUGAACAGGAGCAACAGCUGCAAGGGGGAUUUGGCGGUGGAUUCGGAGGUGGAUACGGAGGUAGAUUCGGUGAGCAGCAGCAGCAGCAGCAAGGAUUUGGCGGUGGUUAUGGAGGCGUUUUCGGUGAUCAGCAGCAGCAGCAGCAGCAGCAAGAAGGCUUUGGAGAUGUAUUCGGAGGGGGAUUCGGUGGUCAGCAACAGCAACAGCAGGAAGGCUGGUAAAGACCAAUUAAGGUUCAGAGCACCGCCUUAACGCAGAUACCUCAAUAAAAUACGACACUUUAAUUAUAAAAACAAUUGGAUUUUUAAUUUUAACGUGAGAAAUCUUUCUCAAAACAAAUGUAUAUUCAUUACAAAAAAUUUGUUUCUAUUUUCGGUUCAUGGUAAAAAUUUAUUUUGCAUUAAAUUCGCAUUAAUAGAAGCGAUGUCAA